CACAUCCUGUCUGGACAGUUUAUGAUUACAUCAAUAUAUCAACUUUCCCACUCAUUCAAAUCAGUUUAUCAGUCAGUUUAUCAUUAUCUGAAACCACCCUGCUACAUCUUAUUUCUUUUCGUAACAUUAAGGGCAUUGAUUCAAACACUGUCUCACUGACUCUACGACAAAACAAAAAACGAAACAGACUGUUUCUUUCACUCACUCUGCUUCAUGGACCACAUCAGAACUACGCCAACAGAAAGCUGAAAGCCAUAAUUUGGAACCACUGUACAAGAAAACUGGACUUGUUGUUCACAAAGAAAUGUACAAUAACCACAUUCUCGUCAGCAUUGAUUGCAAAACACACGAAAUAAGACACGUCAUACAAAACUGCAUGUUGCUCCUUUUGCAACACAGACCAAGUACAUCCAGAGCACUUCAUCAGCCCCAACUCCUCUCUCUGCCAUUUCACCAUAAAAAGUGAAACUUCUUCUGCCCAAAAAUGAAUAAUCAUCUCCCAGCUGUUGAGAGGGUGUAGCCAAUCAGCUUCCUAUAAAAAUGACUGGCUCGGUCCUGUCAACCUCAGAGAUCAGAGGCUCCUUGAGACUGAACAACCUCCAGCCGGCCUGUCAACCAACCAGCCUGCUGACCAGUCUUCUGAACCAAAAGCCUACUGAUCAAGCAGCCUACUGACCAACCAGCUUGCUGACCGAGCAGCCUGAUGACCAACAAAUCGGAUGUCCCGCCAGCCUGCCAACCAGUCCUCUGAACCAAGAGCCUACUAAUCAAACAGCCUGCUGACCAACCAGCCUGUCGACCAUCUACUUGUCAUAAAUCAUGGCAUCUCCUGGUCUGCUGUUCCUGCUGUUGGUGUCGUCCUCCCUGCUCCUCUUCACUGUGAGCGACUCGAUGUCUCCCACCCAGAACCAAUGGAACAACUCUCCACAGAAAGUAAACAAACUCAAGGAAGCGACUAAAGCAACUGGGAAGUUUAUUCUAGCAAACAUUGACCAGAUCAGAUUUGCAGUUACACCUUUUCUGGCGCUCAUACCAGUUUGCGGGCCACUGAUAGCUGCUAUUACUACUUCAGCACUGCUGGGAGUGUCUGUAAUAAACAACAGCUUGAAAGAUAAUGCAGUAUUAGAUGCUUUCAAAUCUGAAUUCGAAAGUCUUAAUAUGAAGCUUGAUAAAUAUCACGUAGAGCAGAAGUGGAACAGCUGGGCAAGUGCUGCUUAUCAGAAGCCAGAGAAGAAUAUCAAGGGAGCCUGGAAGAUGUAUGAAGCGCUCGUACCAAGUCUUUUCCAAGCAAGAAAUGACAAUGAGAGGAUGAGGCUUAAGGAAGAAAUUAUUAAGGCCUGCUCAAAGGCAGAGCCUGCCAUUACGGACCUGCACACAUACCUGACAGCUGGAGGGACAACCUUCAUAAAUAACCUGGGAAAGUCACUGGCUGAUCAUGCCAAAUGUCAUGAACAGGAUAUCAGAGAAUAUACUGUGUUCAUUAGUAAACUUAUCUAUCAGGGCAUUACAAUGACUCAGCUGUACUACAACCUCAAAGAGAUAAAAUCCCAAAACAUAAUUGAUAAGGAAGCUGAAAUUGCAUAUGACUCUGCAUCAGUUAUGUUCCAAAUCCAAAAGUUCUGCAUUUUUAACAGCACUGACUACAUUGUUAAUGAUGUGAAGUGGCUAAUUGACAACACAAAACGUGAAGAACUAGCAAAGAAGGUCAGAUCUUUCUUGCAGAAGACAUAUGACAGGUAUGACUGGAUGGUCGUUGCAUUUAUAACCAAACAUUCCAAACACAAAGUAGUUGAAACACUGAACAAACAUGUCUUGUCAGGAUUUAUGGAGGUGACAAAAGAUAAGGUUAGCGUGGCUGUAGCCAGACAAGUGAAAGGAACUCACACCAAGUCAUAUCAAGUUGAAGGCGCCAUCAAAAGGUGCAUUUCUAAUUCAGUUCUCUGUUAUAAAGUCGAAGAGAAACUCAGGAGAUGUGGGGAGUAUGUGGCGGGAAUUCCAGUAUCUCAGACUUACACAGCUGUACAUGCCUUUAUAAGCAAAGCUCAUCAAAGCCACAGUGACCCUGAAAUAUAUUCAGAUAACCCUCCUUACAUUGUUCAAGGAGUGUGUGAGAAAUCUCCUGGUGUGAAAGGUGGCAAGUUUGUUGUUCUUGUCAAAAGUGAUGAAGAGAUAACAAGUAAAGAUCCCUGCUCUAAGCUGAACUGUGGUGGUCCACAGAGAGGUACAUGUGUUCGUGUGGAAAACACCUUUGUCGCCCUGUGUGAGUGCAAGCAGCCGUACUAUGGCCAGAACUGUGAGCACAGCUUACAGGAAUACAAGAAUUACUUGCAGGGAAAGAUCGAGCCAGUAGUGAGGGACUACAGGCCUCUUCCAGCUGGGAGGGACUCUGGGCCUCGCACAAUAGUGGUGAGAAAUCCUCCAGCUGGGAGGGACAGUGGGCGUCUUCCAGCUGGGAGGGACUCUGGGCCUCGUACAAUAGUGGUGAGAAAUCCUACAGUAGGCAGGGGGCGCCGUAGUCAAGCUGAAGGAAGAUACGGCUUCUGAUGCAGCCUGGGGUCAACAGAUUUCAUGAAAUGAUAGUCUCGUCUUAAAAAGAUACUACAAGAUUUAAAAAAAAAUCCUCUUUUUUAUCCUCUUAUCUCUAAAUGAUAUUCAGUCUAACUGACUGACAGUUUAGUUUUGCUCAAUCUUACAUUUUUAUUUUUGCAGUUCUGCGCUAAAGAUAUGUAAGAUACUCGGGAUAAUUUGCAUCUAAUUCCAAAUCCAUCCCUCAAAAUGAUUUUUUGCAAACAAAUGAAGUACGUUGGAUCCAUGUAGGCUUGUUAAGAUGUUGCAUGCAUAUGUUAUUCUGUUGACGCAGGAUUGAAAGUUUUCCAGGACCUCAGUGGUUGAUGACCUGUUGUGACAUAGUGUUGAAGAUAUUCAUGAUAGGUGAUACGGUUUCUCAGUACUCCCAUCACUGUGUGUAAACAGAUUUACUUUUACUUUAGAGGAAACUCAUGUGCAACAUUGUGCCAAACAGUAUCAUAACAAAUAACUGAGUGUCAGAGUUCAUUUCACGAAAGUUACUGAUUUUUCUGAUUGCUAGCUUGGUAUUGAUGUUUCUAACUGCAGCAAUGACAAUGUAAGAACUGGAAAAUAACACUGGACAGUGUUUCCCCGACGGCAACUGUCAGUGUGAACCUCAGCAUUUUGUUCUUGGGACAUAUCCUCUGUAGAGACAGUUCAGAGACAGUUUAAACAGAGUUUAGCUGUUACACAUGUUCAUCAGGUCACUUCUAAAACUAUUUCUGUAUGGAAGUGAGCAACACCUGAGCACAGUGGGAAGAAACCUCUUGAUGAAAUGUGUGAAUGUGUCAAAAACUACACUAACACUUGAGUUGAAAUGAUUCCAAAGUUUGACCUGUGCUGAUGUCCUGACCGCCUGCUGUUGAUGGACCAAGUUUAGACCAAUAAGGUGCUGUUCCUGCUUCAAGAUUCCGUCCUGAAUUUUGCCCAAAUAAAUUUUUAAAACAUCAAUUUAAUUUUGCUUUUGUGUCUUUAUUUAUUUUUGUGCAUAAUCCA